CCCGGUCCUCCUUUGGGUCCGCCCCCCUCCCUUUGCUCCCCUCUCCUUCUCCGCUCUGUUGUAUGGGCAAACAACUCCCAUCGCCGACGAGCCUACAGAGAUACGCCCGCCUAGCAGUCGAGACGAUCCGGAGAGCCAAGAUCGCGAAGCCCGCCCUUAAAUCUCUGGCUUCGGGCAAGGAGGAGGCAGCGGCCGCCCCCUCUAGAGGUCCGGGCCGGUGGAUGGACGAACGGGAGCGGCAGCAGGGCCGCGUCCCCCUGAAGGACGUCGUGGCGGACUGCACCCGGCGGUGGUUCCAGGACGCGCUCAAGGAGGCCAGGGCCGGGGAUGCCGCGAUGCAGGUUCUUGUUGGUCAGAUGUACCAUAGCGGCUACGGAGUCCCGAGGAAUGAGCAAAAGGCAUAUACAUGGAUUUCAAAAGCAUCCAAGUACCGUUCAUCAGUUUGGAAGGUUAGCGACAAGCGUCCAGGUUACAAUGCCAGUGAUUCAGACACUGAUGAGGAGAAGAUGAGCAUGAAAUCGUGAUCCGAGAGGCUUGAAUUUUAAGAAAUCAUAUCAAAUUGGAAUGCUUACAACACUCGCGUGAUUUUUGGGAACUUUUACUGCUACCAGUGCAUCUGUUUCAGCAUCUGUUCAUUACCUUUCCUCCCCGUGUAUCUCUUUUUUUCGUUUACGAUUAUAUUGAUAUGAAUACAACUCUGUUCUUCGAGUUUUGGAACUCCAAUAAAUAAUGUAACAGUUCAGUGACGGACACAGUUUCUGUUUGAACAAAUGAAUCAUUUACGGUCCGCUUUUGUC